ACAUGUAGAGUGGCAGCUAUUGACGCGCAAAUUGAAGUGGAGGUGGUCAUACGUGUAUUACCUCGGAGCGCGAUAUUUCCUGCUUGGCAUACAACUACCUUUACACGAAGUGCUGCUGCAGCCUGUCACCAUGGAGGUUCUAAUAAUAACAGGUGCCGUGGUCUGCAUCUUUGCAACUGGAAACCUACUUUUCAGAGUGGCAGCAAUAUGGAAAGCAAACCGCAUUGUCGUCAUGUUUUUAAUUCUUAUCGGCAUAGGACACUGGGCCGUGGUGCUUGCAGUGAUGGCGCCCCCAAUUAUUCGCGGCCAUGGCAAUUUGAAUGAGGAGUUUGACAUCAGCAAGAACAUUAAAAUCAACGUUUCCAUGCCUUUCUUCUUUUACACGUUCUUGGCGGACCUGCUCAUCGUCAUCAUGACAGUCACUGGGCUAACAAAGCAGCAUGCCGCGCGUUCAUCGCCGCUGUGGAAGAUGUUAUAUCGUCAAGGGAUCAUGUACUUCCUCGUAGCGUUCAUCUUGCAGAUUCCCAACAUCAUUUUCCAGUUAUACACAAAAAGUGCAUGCCUGUUCGGUGCCUUCGGCACCCCGGGGCUUAUCGUUGGCGCCAUGGCAUCGUGCUCCGUUGUGAGCUCGCUCCUCACCCCGCUGCGCAUAACAGAACCUGGGAGCAGAUCGGCCGUCUGCGAGAAGGUCAGCAUCGACAUAUCGCAGCCUGCGCCUGGAUCUCAUCUGUUAACCACAAACAUCAACUUACCCAUAGGUGUGGAGAGCUCAGAGGCCUCAUCGACCGUCAUAGCGUCUCUCCCGGAAGUAUGCAUACUGGAUGAGCGCGACCUCGAGAUCGCUCGGGCCCUGGUCGGCGCGAAAGUGUAGUCUAGUAUGGCGAAGAGGAUAGACCGUGGCUCUUACCAGCACACUCGUUACCUUAGCGGAUGUAUAUCGCGGACCUGUCAAUUCUCGUUAGCUGCCCUUGCGGUGCUAGUGGGCCGUGGCGAGUCCGAGAGGUCCGUGCCAAAACGAAUGAGAUACUGCACCU